AUGACUACGAGAUCAAAUCCUCUUUUAGUUCCGAAAAUUAUCGGACUUGUCCUCGAAAAAGUUGAACUGGUAUCAGACCUUUUUAGUUGCGCCUGUGUGAACAACACUUGGAAUGUGGCAGCGCCGAGAGAGCUCUACAAAGACUCCCUAAACGACAUGCAGUUCCGCACACCUGACAUUGGAUCACUCAACUGCCUCUUAGUAGCAUCACGGAGGUAUUUGCUAUUGAUGAAGCCGCGCACCCAGACUCUAGGCUUGGAUGCCUUGAAAAGUGUCGCGCGAUCCGUAAUCGCCAAUACGCAGAGCUCCUUUUGCGGCUGGAUGGAAGUGGUCUUGCAAGCGUCAUGAUCCCUUUUCAGAUGAUACAGUCAUGAUGGCUAACAGUCAUUCAUUCCAUGAACCAACCAACCCUGCUCUCUCGAAUCUCAAGGCUCUCCACAAUCUGUAGAUCAGCCAGCCACUACAAGACUAGUACUACAAGAUCUAAUUACCUACGAUGAGUGGAUUUUUUGUAUUAAUUCUAAUUAUCAGCAAGAUUGGU